UUCAUUCUCAUUGUUGUCAGGCGUGUGUGUGGUGUUAACAUUUUCAGUCUAACUUAUUUGUCUUUGGGUAAGUUGUCUGUGUGGAUGGUAGCUCACUAAGAGAACAUCACUUUUAUCGGGAAAUUGGACCCUCAAAAUGACUUUCGAAGGAUCAACAAUCAAAAGUCGCUUAAGGAAUAUGCUUCGCUCUCCGUCCAUCAAACUUCGAAGAAAUCGUAAACAAGAAAACAUUGAAAAAAAGGUCAGAUUGGAGAGGGUACUUGGGAUCACAGCCUCUGGGAACAGUGGACUGGUGUCUGACCCACGCUCUGGACUGGUCGCCUAUCCUGCUGGAUGUGUGGUGGUCUUGCUCAACCCCAAGAAGAACAAGCAGCUUCACAUCCUGAACACCUCCAGGAAAGCCAUCACAGCCCUUUCCUUCUCUCCAGAUGGAAAGUUCCUGGUCACUGGAGAGAGCGGUCACCUUCCAGCGGUGCGUGUGUGGGACGUGGCAGAGCGUACCCAGGUGGCGGAGCUGCAGGAGCAUAAGUACGGGGUGUCCUGCGUGGCCUUCUCCCCCAACAGCAAGUACAUCGUCAGCGUGGGCUACCAGCAUGACAUGAUGAUCAAUGUCUGGGCCUGGAAGAAGGACACAGUUGUUGCGGCUAACAAGGUGUCCAGUAAGGUGACAGCAGUGUCCUUCUCUGAGGACAGCUCCUACUUUGUGACAGCUGGAAACAGACAUGUGAAGUUCUGGUACCUGGACCACACCAAACCCAUUAAGGCCAGUGCUCCAGUUCCUCUUCUGGGGCGAGCAGGUCUGCUGGGGGAACUGAGGAACAACUUCUUCUGUGACGUGGCGUGUGGGCGGGGCUCCAAGUCAGGUGACACCUUCUGCAUCACGUCGUCCGGCCUGUUGUGCGUGUUCAACAGCAAGAGGACUCUGGACAAGUGGGUGGACCUGCGGACCAGCUUGGCGCGAUCUCUGUGUGUGUCAGAGGAGCUGAUCUUCUGUGGCUGUGCAGACGGGACGGUUCGAGUCUUCAGCCCUUCUGACCUGCAGUUCGUCGGCACGCUGCCCAGGCCACACCCCCUGGGCACCGACGUGUCGGCCAUCACUCAGGCCAGCCACCUGUUCUCCAAUAAGACAGACGCCCGCUACCCUGACACUGUGGCGGUGACUUAUGACCCCGUCAGCCAUCGGCUGAGCUGUGUGUACAACGACCACAGUCUGUAUGUGUGGGACGUGAGGGACCUUCUCAGGGUGGGGAAGGUCCACUCUGCCCUCUUCCACGCUGCCUGCGUCUGGGACCUGGAGGUGUUCCCGGAGCUCCCAGAAAGCUCUGAGGCGGGCCUGUCUUCAGGGGUCUUCCUCAGCUGUUCUGCUGACAACACCGUGAGGCUGUGGAGCCUGGAGGGACCUGACUCUCAACGCAACGUCCUCAGCAACGACCUGUUGAAAGUCAUCUACAUGGAUGAGAACACUGGAGCCCUGCUGGACACAGAGGGAACUGCGACCGGUAGCUUGGAGAAGGUGGAUGGACAGGCAGCAGACACCAGGGUUGGCUUCCGCACCAUCAGUGUCAGCCCGGAUGGAAAACACCUGGCUUCAGGAGAUCGCAACGGCGUGCUGAGGGUUCAUGACCUCAGGAGUAUGGAGGGGGUUCUCAAGGUGGAAGCCCAUGACUCAGAGAUCCUGUGUCUGGAGUACUCUAAACCUGAGACAGGGCUGAAGCUGCUGGCCACCGCCAGCCGGGAUCGUCUCAUCCACGUCCUGGACGCGGACAACGCCUACGCUCUGCUCCAGACUCUGGAUGAGCACUCUUCCUCCAUCACGGCCGUCCGAUUCGCCUCCAAUGACAACAAGGUCAGGGUGAUUAGCUGUGGCGCUGACAAGAGCAUCUACUUCCGUACGGCACACAAGACAGGCAGGGGAACAGAGUUCAGGUGCUCCCACCAUGUGGUCAGGAAGACCACCCUGUAUGACAUGGGAGUGGACCCAACCUGCAAGUAUGCUGCUGUGGGCUGCCAGGACCGCUGCAUUAGGAUCUUCAACAUCAGCAGUGGCAAACAGAAGAAGCUGUACAAGGGCUCCCAGAGUGAGGAGGGCAGCCUGCUGAAGGUACAGAUGGAUCCCUCUGGCCUGUUUGUGGCCACCAGCUGCUCGGACAAGAACAUCAGCAUCUUUGAAUUCCUGUCUGGAGAGUGUGUGGCUACCAUGUUUGGGCACUCUGAGAUCGUCACAGGGAUGAAGUUCACCAACGACUGUAAGCAUUUGAUCUCAGUGUCUGGGGACAGCUGUAUCUUUGUGUGGCGUCUGGCCCCAGAGAUGACCGUGAGCAUGAGACAGCGUCUCUCCCAGCUCAGACACCUCCCCAACACCCAGCCAUGCAAGACCUCCCCUCUCAGGAGAGAGAUUUACAGUGCACCCUCUCUGGGAGGCAUGUCCUCUGAGAGUGACCAUGACAACGAGGAGGAGGGGCCAUUGAAUUACUCCCACGACCAGGAAGAGACGAGAGCCAGUAUCUCCUCCUCUGGUAGCAGCCAUGACGCGGAGGAAGACACAGGGGCCUCAGAUGAAAGUCAAGACUGGGAUUCCAACAAGGAGCCGUGUGACUCUGUGGCCCCUGAGGCCCCGGCGCGUCCACGCAGGCGCUGGUCGUGUCGCAUGGGCUCCCUGGAGCUCACGGUCAAGUCCAUGCUGGACCUGCGCCAGCUGGAAGCCUUCUCCAUGCCUAGCUCCUCCCACAAGAAAGGCCCCGCCUCCCGGCUCAGAGAGAGAGACGCAGGCAGCACCUCCAGCCUGCAGGGGGCGCUGGAGAUGGAGGAAAGGGCUAAGAAAGAACGCAGACAGCGCCCCCAUUCUGAUUGGUUGUCGUCCACCACAUGUAAACAGCAGCAUGGCAGUGUGGACAGAGGAGGGAGUGCUGGGUAUCCUCAGGACAGCCAGAGUCCAGAUAGCGCCUGCUCUGUGGACUACGACAGCAGAGAGUCUAGCCCAGACCAGGCCCACGAGGAAUCUGAUGGAGUUGUACCGUUGACCUCUGAAGACGACCAGUCUGACCUGGAGGACGAGGGGGAGGAGGAGGAGGGAGAGGUGGAGAGAGGGAAGGUGGAGGUGACCAGUAUGGAUGAAGCGAUGAGGACGGUUUCUGCCACCCCUGAACUGACCCAAGAAGCCUUCCUCAAACUGAACUUUGAGACCCUGGAUGACCCAGGCAGCCUGGAUGACCCAGGCAGCCUGGAUGACCCAGGCAGCAUGGCAGAGAGGAGCAGAGUAGCCAGACUGAGCAUGUCGGCUCGCUUCCUGGCCAGGGGUUCCAGCAACAACAACAGGAGGACUCCCCUGUUUGCCAAGGCCCACAAGACUGAUUUAAGGCCUGGGGGGUCUCCAACCCAGCCCCUGGUCUCCAAGGUGCGGCCCUUGAUGGAGGAGGGGCGGGGGCAGGACUCGGAGGAGCGCAGCCCCUUCGACUCCAGCCUGGAGGAACAGAAGUCCGUGGAAGUGGGAGCUCCAGAGAGGGGCCCCGUGCUGCGAUCCCACCCCGAGAUGAGGAGGCCCCUGGGCAGUCACCUGUGGAGGAUGUCCAGCCCUGUGGGCAGACCUCCGGCCCAGACAGAGCGAGCUGCAACACUGCAGAAGUCUCAGUCAGUCCAGAACCUCGCCUCAGAAGGUCUCUGUUCCCCUACCCCCUCCUGUGGUCAAGGAGAGGCCCGCCCCAGGCCUCAAAACCUGCAAGUGGAUCGGGACCCCUCCAGACCUCUGUCCCGUCUCUCCUCCCCCCUCGCCACCUCCCCCUCCUCCCCUGUCUCCCCCCUCCCCUGGGAGAGCCCCAGGCUCAAGUCCCGCCGCUCAUACAUGUGCCCCACCACCAGCUCCAAGGCUAAGUCCAGCCACUCCUCAUCCACGGGAGAGGGCCUCCACCUGGGCAUGCCACCCAGCAGCUCUCCCCUGCCCCUGGAGGACGGGAGCGGAGAGCCCGCCAGCCCCAAGAGCAGGAGUUUGUUCGAUGACCUGGAUGUUGAGUUUCCUCCCUGUUCAUCCUCUCCGACCUCCCCUUCCCCUGCUUCUCUCUCCCCCCCCCCCUCCCCUCUCUACACGGUCUCGCCCGAUCCAAGCUCAACCUGCUCCCUCAGUGUCCCGCCCUCCCGGAUCCCCCUUCCCAAACAGCCACUCGCAUCACGUCGCAGCCUUUGCAUGGACAUGAGACCCCACAACGAUUGGCUAACUGCUAUAGCUAGAACCUCCAACUCUAUGGAAGACCCUGGAUAUGACUACACUACAGGGUCAGUGUGCAAACAAGGCCUGGGUAAACGGCUGUCCCUGCCCACAGACCAGGUCAAAGGGCAUCUGGGUAACCUCCAACUUUCAGUCUCACUUCCUGUGCACCAGGAAAGAUUCUUGGAUUGUCAGAAGAGGUUCCCAGGGCAGGAACCGCUGCUGUGUAAAGAUCGCCCCGUGGUGUCUGUCCAGACCUUCACCCUGACCACAACCCAAUCCCAGCCAGAGUUCUCUGUCAGUGUGGAAAACUGCAGACAGGCGGCCGCAGAGCUUCACAGCACUCUCAGGAAAACCACCCAGCUCUAUGCGACGGUGCUGGGCUGUGGCUCCGCCCCCAGUCAGGAGCAGCAGGAGAUGAGGAGGGUUCUGGACGAGGCCCUGGACCUGGUCCGAGCUGAGCUGGACUCUCUCCCCCAGAUAAAGGCCAGCGGUGAGGCCAGCGAGGCCAGGGGGGGCGGGGGGGGCGGGGUCAAAGGUGAGGGGGCUCUGGCCCUGCUGGAGCAGUACUCUGAACUGCUGCUAAAGUCUGUGGAGAAGAGACUGGAUCACAAGACCUGACACACUCUCACACACCCACACACACACACACACACACACACACACACACACACACACACACCUACACAUCAACACCAUGCCUGCCAUGCAGUCUUUUCUUCAGUUUCUGUAUGUAAGUCCAUGAGUGAUAUAUCAGUAUUACAUGGUGCCAUUGGAAGGUGUAUAGAUGGAUGUGUAAAUGAAUGAGAUAGAUGGAGGUAUGAAAUAAGUAGGGAUGGAUAUAUUGUUGGUAAAAAUGUAAGCUAAUUCUCUAUUGUAUGACCAAGACAUUCUCAAGAUGUUUUAGCUGUCAGCCUGCUUUGACCUGGAUUGAACACGUGAAGUUUCCUAAUGUUACGUUGAUCAGACUGUUACUGUGUGGUUCUGUCUUUUUUACUGUAUUUUGUGAUGUUGAUUGGAACUCUUGAGAAAAUUUGUGGAUGCAUUUGGAAGACAUUUUCCUGCUUGAAAACAUAAUUCUGUAAGAAUUUGGAGUCUGAAAUCUUCCAGUUAUAUUCUUAUCUUGAAGGUUUGAGUCAGUAAAGUACAUGUAUUUGGCACUGUUCAUUUUAUUAAAUAUAAUUACAUUUU